ACAAGAACCAAAGAAAACCUGCCAGGGCGUGCUACGGCCAGCAACAGGGCAGGCUUCAUUGCGCCCAAGCGUUGACGACACCCCGCCCGGUCCGGCGGCCAAUACGGAAGAAGCAAAGAACAUGGCAUCCCCCGACCAGAAGCCCAUCAUCAUCAUCGGCGCCGGCAUCAGCGGCCUGCUCUUGGCUCAGUACCUACGCAAAUCCGGCACCCGGGUUCCUUUUCGCAUCUUCGAACGGGAUGCCGAUCUGACGACGCGCGGGAUCGGCUGGGGGCUGACCUUGCACUGGUCACUUCCGGCUCUGCGGUCUCUGCUGCCGGAAGACAUUGUUCGCCGGUUGCCCGAAGCCUACGUGGACCGCGCCGCCGUCGCCGAGGGCCGUCCCUCCACCUUCCCUUUCUUCAACCUUAGCACCGGCGAGCUCAAGGCCAAGACACCUACCGCCGACGAGUCGCAGCGCAUUCGGGUAACUCGCGACCGGUUGCGCCGUUUGUUGUCCACGGGACUUGAUAUCCAGUGGAACAAGGCAGCCAACGGCGUCAGGACGACCGAAGACGGCACUGUCACGGUCACGUUUGACGAUGGCACAUCGUGCGAGGGCAGCCUCGUUGUGGCCUGUGACGGCGGCAGCUCCCGCAUCCGUGGGCUUUUGUUCCCAGAACACCCAAAGUACCGCAUCCCCGUGAGACUUCUCGGCGUCAAGAUCGACUGCACUCCGGAGGAGAUAGAGCCGCUGCGGAAGCUGGACCCUUAUUUUCUCCAGGGAGCUGCAUCCGAAAACGACUCUUUUGUGUACUGCAGCGUUCUUGACGCGCCCGGAAACGCGCCAGAAGGCAAUGGCGGCAAGUACACGUACCAAAUGGUCUUCUCUUGGCCGGUCCGCGACGGCUUCUUCAAUCAGCCGGCGCCCAUCGAGUUUCCCGAGACCAACGAGGGCCGCGUCGAGCUGAUCAAGAAGUUCGCCAAGACCUGGGCCGACCCGUUCCGGUCCCUGGCGCUCAGCAUUCCGAGCGACACCGAGGUUAAGUCGCUCGAGCUCUACGACUGGCCCCCGCCCAAAGGCUUGCGCACCACCGGCAACGUGGCGCUUGUAGGGGAUGCGCUGCAUCCGAUGGUGAUGUACCGGGGCGAGGGCGCCAACCACGCCAUCGUCGACGUUCACGACCUGGUGGAGCUUGUCAUGCCGCAUUUCGUCGCUGAUGAACGAGAUGAGCAUUCCACACCGGCACAACGGGCAGUGGACCUUCGGGCCGCCUUGGACCGCUACGAAGACAGGGUGGUAAGCAGAACGCGCCCGGCUGUCUUGGCGUCGCGACAGGCUUGCAUCGACGCCCACCAAUGGAGCAGGAUCAAUGAGAAGAGCCCGCUGCUGAGCCGACGCGCAAUGAACUUGGUAUUUGACGACGCUGACCUGGAUCUGGGCGUCCACAAGAUCAGCACCCCUGGCAGCGUUCCUGUAGAGUAGGGUAGCCAGGGAAGGAUUCCUUUGUUCCAGCCGAUUGGUACGGAGUAUCAUGGCUUGCUUUUGGUUGAGCGCAGAGAAAGGAGCAACGAUCGGCAUUGUGCGGAGUAUCGGAACGCUGUGGAGUCGGUCUGAGAACAGGGUUGGGUAUUUUAACCAGGCCACCUUGCUUGAAAUGGAAUCGGGGGAAAUCCAACGACGAUCAUGUCCACCCUAGUCCAGAGCUUGUUUUCACGAUGAGGGGUUCUUGGUCCUAAACAAGCAGCUGUCUGAUUCAUUACACAGUACCUGGCCCUGUAUCGUACGAGUCAUCAAAGCGCAUCGCACGUGAAAACAAGGUACAUGGGUUUUUCUCUCCUUGGGGUGUCCAGUUCCUGAAAAACACACACACACACACAAAAACCUACCCUCCAUAUACCCGUAGCCCAGCUGGUUCCCGACGCCGUUACCCCUCUGCCGCGCGGGGCAAAAAGAAAAGAUAUCUAGUUUAGAUUCUUUUUCGCAAACCGGGAAAUGCAAGAUGAAAAGAGGGAAACAACAAUAAAAAAAGGGGGCGGAGCUAGCGCAUGCAUGCCAACAAGCAUGUCUCAUUCGACACGCACGCUAUACGUAACCGACUUCAUGAUGGUGUUCUCGGGGGCGCCUUCGGUGCUCGCCUCGAGAAUGUUUUCUUCACUGCCGGCGUUCUGCCCUUGGGCGGUGGCGAAGGUGCCCUUUCGCUGGCUCGACACGCUGCUGAGCUUGUAGACGUCGCUGACCUUGCCGAUACGGUGCGCCCCGCUGCCGUAGUUGUUUCCGCUUCCCGAGUACUUGGUCGUGUACUCCCGGGCUUUGCGCAAAAAGAUCGGCGCGAGGAAUGGCAGCGACGAUACCAUGUUUCCGACAUUGAACUCAACAACACCCCACACAACGAGCAUUGUCGAGUUGCCAUCACCACUUUGAAUGCGGUUAAUCUGUUGGUACCGGAAGAUGGAGCACAGAGUCGUGAAGAGACCCAGGAGGAAGAUGAUAAUAAGGCCGAUCUUCUUGGCGGUGUGGACCUUGAGCUUGAGCAGCACGGGAAUCGGGAUGAUGGCGACCACGACGUCGGACACAAUGGUCACGAUGGCAUAAGCGGUAAACGAGGGGCCAGGUGCCAGGCAUUUGCCUUCCACAAACGGGUCCCAGGACUUGUGUACCGGACGGCACGCAAAGAUGAGGGUUAGCGAACAACCGAAGUGUCCGGCCAAGAUGGCGGCCAUGGUGAUCCAGACGACCCUGCGGUAAAUGACAUGGUUUGUCCCCUUGAAGAGCCGCAGGUAGCUGAUCAGCAGCGCAACCUUGAAGAAGCUGAUGCCCAUCUGGUAGAUGGGUCGGCCGGCGUAGUUGGUGCGGGUGUACGGAAUGAGGCUCUCCUUAGGGCGCAAGGCGAGCGGAAGACCGAGGCCGUACUUGGUUUGGACGAUGCACAGAAUCGCAUAUGCUAAUGCGAACACCAUCGACAGCAUCGCCAUGUAGUCGUCGGCCGCCAACCCAUGAUUCUUGAACCUAAUCCAAACCCGGGCACACACAGUGGCUAUGGAAAAGACCGAAAGGACGACGCAUAUCGCGAUGAUUUUUGGCCAUUCAGAUUUGGCGUUGAUCUCCGGCGUUGCGUUCUCGACCCAGCCCAUGUUGAAAGACUGAUGGUAAAUAAACCGGGUAUCGUGCGCUGCCGCCGGUGUGCACCGGUACGGCGGAUUUUGGUCGGCGUCGUUGGUGCGGAUUUGUAUGUAUGUAUGUAAAGGACUCGGACUUGAAAGACUGUUUGGGGCGAGGAAGGGGGGGACAAGCCCGUUGAAGAAGGAAAGUCGGGGAACCGAUCGGCAAGUACACUUCCGUGCUUCAAAGAGUGGUGGGAAACGGUGCGAAUGGGACUCGGCGGGAGAUCAACGAUGCACGCCA